UCGACCUACAAAAUGCCGACGCUUCAACCGCGAAUAGGAUUUAGUAUCGACUCUAUAGUUGGGAACAGUACACCCAAAUCGCCACCGCAUGCGAUAACUAAGGUUGACGGUCCACAGCGAUCGCCAAGUCCACAGUCCUACUCGGUCCGGUUGAAUCGACUGCAGAGUCUUUCCCCGCCGCAUAACUAUAGCAUUACGAGACUGCCGGAAUCUCCUCAAAGCAUAGAAUCCCAGAGCCGCCUAGAGUCGUUUACGGCCACCAGUCCUGCCCUGCAAGCCAGACUUACACCAGAUGACCACCGACCUGGCAAGAGACCGCGCAGUCCGUCUCCACCGUCGUCCCCGUCCGGUCCUCUUUCUGUUCCGCCCUCCGCACCAGGACCAAUCGUUGUACCUGGACUUCCGGCUGGACUGAUACGACCGUUUCCAGUGAGUCCACCUCAACAGCAACAGCCGCAAAAUCCGGACAUCAAGACACUUCCACCCUUCAUGCACACACCCGAAAUGGUUCAAGCUGCCCACAAUCAACACUUCCUUGCUGCCCAGUUUCAAGCUGCUGCGCUGGCUCAUGCUCAAGCUGGACAACCUUUUCCACCGCAUCCGGCCGCCGCUCAUCUGCACAACCCCAAUCUGCCACCACGUGAUAGCUACCCCUUAUACCCGUGGCUUCUGAGUCGUCACGGUCGCGGAGUGUUUCCCAUCGGCUUCCCAGGCAACUACCUCAUUCCGUUUCGAAAGUCCAAACGAGUCCGGACCGCGUUCUCGCCCUCGCAGCUACUGAAACUGGAACACGCCUUCGAAAGCAACCAUUACGUGGUCGGCGCAGAGCGCAAACAGCUCGCCCAGAAUCUCAAUCUAUCGGAAACUCAGGUUAAGGUGUGGUUCCAGAAUCGACGCACCAAGCACAAACGUAUGCAACAGGAGGAGGGCAAAUCGGGCGAGUCGAGCGAUCAGAACCGGUCGACAUCGAGUCCGGCGUCCGGCGGAAGCUGCCCGGAAGACGACGAGGAUGAGUUCAUCGAUAUGGACGACUGCCCGAGCGACGAGGAAAAUAUGCAUCACAACGGCUGA